UAAUCAUUGUUCCCCAUGCAACAGGGAAAGUACACGUUCUCGGACGGCCUUGGGUACGAGGAAGACAAGUGGGAGUACUGCGAUGGCUAUGACAGAAGGUUCUACACUGAAAUCUGCAAUGGACUCAAACCAGCUGGUCGAUCUCAGCUGACGAACCGGGUGCCGCCGCGGGACAUCCCCGAAGGCUGCUAUGACUGUGGUGAUGGGUUCUACAAUCCCGUGUCCCGUGUAGUUGUUGAUUAUAAUCACAAGUUCUUGAGGAAUGCUGAUGAUGAUGAGCAUGACUGGAUUGUGAAGACGUGCCGGAAGGGCUGGGACGAGUACGUCGGCUACACAGCUAAGGCCACAGCAUGAUGCUCUACUUCUUCAUCAGUCUCUACCACACACUUUCAGUCAACUAUUCUAACAGUUUAUAUUUGAAACAUGCCCUAUUGCAGAUUUUAAUACAAAGAUAUAUUUAUCUUAAAUUUGGAGUCGAUUUCCUGAAAGGCUAAAAUUCUUCUUUACACCAAAUUUUGAAUAUUUCUACAAAAGUUUUUAUAAUUCUUAAGUACUUUUCUAAUCUAUACUGCAAUUUUCGUUACUUACUUUUCUAAUGAAUCCAUCCUGUACAAAGAAAGCACAUUAUACGAGAUUUGUAAAUAUGUAUAUUUAUUUGUGUAUAUUUGAAGAGAUAUGAAUAAAUAAUCGCAAAUGUACAGUCA